AUGGAUAUGAUGGAGCACAACCACAGCCACUCCGACAGCGGCGACUCGUCGAUGACUAUGCCUGUAGUCUUCCACACAGCCAUGUCCACCAGUCUGUUUUCUGAGACCUGGACGCCUCGUACCACUGGGCAGUACGCAGGCACCUGUCUCACUCUCAUCACUUUUACCAUCAUUCUUCGCGCUCUCCUUGCUUUCAAGCCAAGGCUCGAGACAACAGUGUGGGCGGGCCACGACGACACAAGAGGCAGACUGGCGGUUGGGCAUGACGACGAGGAGACUGGAAAAGAACAAAGGCGGACCAGAAGGAACUCAAUGAGACAACUACAUCCUGAUGGUGGGCUAAGAGGCAUGAUUUCAGAAGCCAACAUAAGGCUUGGAAGGGCGAUUUAUGAGGUUAUCAUCGCCUUGCUAGGUUACCUUCUGUAA